AUGUACUGUGUGGGGUUUAGAAAUUUGCUUAUAGGGGUGAGUCCUGUUGCAUUUGCUCCUAUACGAACCCGUUUCGCACCAUUGACUUUUACCAGAUUCAAAUCAAAUCUACCUCAACCAAACUCAUCAAGUAACAAAAACCCAAUCAAAAAGAAUGAUACACAAUUACCUACUGAUCCUACUACUGGGAAACAACUACCAUCUAAGAGCGAGUGGGAAAACCUAAAACUUCAUAUACCGGGUGAGCAAACGCAAACCAACACGGUCAAAGACCGUGUACCAAAAUUCCCACUUGGUAAGGAAAAUGUACCAACUUUGUUACCACGACCUGGUGUUCCUCAAGUGGGUAAACAAUAUACUUUCAAACAAGUAAUCAAUAUCUUAAAGAAUAAGAAGCAACCGGAACUCAUUUACGAAAGUGAACCUCAUCGAUUAUAUUUCCUCAUGUGUUUUUGUUUAUCAAUUAUGUUUACCAUAUAUGCGUGUGUUUUAUUUGAAUGGGCAUUUUGGAUAUCACGUAAAGAAUAUGACGAGAAUGAAAAAGAAGAAACUAACGAAGCUUUAAGAAAUAGAGAUUGGGCUCUUUCAUUGGCAAUGUACUUGAUUCCUUCAAUUACCAUGUUUACUGCCGCUGCUGGUGCUGCCAUAUUCCCCACAAAGUUAGUAAGAAGAAUGUGGUAUUUACCAGGACCUAAAGAAUAUAUCAAAUUCACUUCCCAUCCAUUAAUACCAGGUAGACCAACUCCAGUCUAUACAGUCCCCUUAGAAAAUUUGAGUCGUCGUAAAACAGCACGUGUUUGGACAGGUAAAGGUUUUUAUGGCACUUCCGAUAAAGGAUUCUUUUUUUUCGUAUUACGGGAAAAGGUUUCCUCUUUGAAACUGAAGAGUUGGGUCAUUGAUCGAAAGGGAUUUUUUUGGUCUGAUGGAAGAGUAUUUGAUUAUUUAUUUGGUAAAGAAACACUUCAAGAAGCAGAAGCUGGUGUGCCUUAUGAUGAACAAGUUGGUAUAAUUAAUCGUGAAGUGAAAAAGAAAAAGGAAAAAUUGAGACAGCAACAUGGAUUGUUUUGGAGGUAUAAAUUGAUGUUGGGCGAGAUAAAACUGGAUGUGGGUAAAGUAGGUGGGUAUUUGAGUGGUGAUAAAACGAAUAAAACCGGGUCCAAGCAAUUACCUAGAAAGUGA